GCAUCAACAACGACAACGACAGAGGCUCCAGAUCCAAAUCCAGAAAAUCUUCCAAAUCCACCAGAUGUAACGAACCACCCGAAUCUACGUCUGUUGGAUCAUACAUUGUGUGGGCCCGUCACUCAGCCGAAGGUAUUCGGAGGCAACAAGACUGGAAUUUUCCAGUAUCCGUGGAUGGCAUUAAUCGCAUAUGAUACUGGAAGACCAAAUCCGGAGUUCCGUUGUGGCGGCACAGUCAUCUCCUCGCGCUACGUCCUCACCGCCGCUCAUUGUGUCACUUUCCUUCCAGGGGGUCUACGACUGAUAGGCGUCAGGGUAGGGGAUCACGAUAUAAGUAAGGAACGUGACUGCGAUACAGACUCCCAAGGACGUGAGAUCGUAUGUGCCGAGAGGUAUCAGGAUUUCGGUGUGGAAAGCUUCCAGUUCCAUCCGGAAUACACGAGAACAAAACUGCAAAAUGACAUCGCGCUUAUUAGGUUGAAUGGUACAGUGG